AUGCCUUACUCAAGUCUCUUCCGUUCGGAAGAGAUGUCUCUCAUUCAGCUUUACAUACCACAAGAGACCGCCCAGUUAACUGUAGCGGAACUGGGAGAGUUGGGUCUAAUUCAGUUCAGAGACGUACGUAUUUCCCAAUUGAACCCGGAUGUCAAUGCGUUUCAGCGCGCUUUCGUUAAUGAAAUCAGGCGUUUUGAUGAAAUAGAAAGGCACUUGCGUUUUUUUACUUCUCAAAUUGCAAAAUCUGAUAUCGAUAUGCGACCGCUCGCCGGCGAUGCAUCGAAUGUGCGCAUCCGAAAUGCAAAUGAGAUUGAUGACCUCGAAGAAAAAAUUCUUGAACAUGAACGACGUAUCACGCAGAUGAACAGUUCAUACGAAACAUUGAUGAAGCAGUAUCUAGAAUUGACCGAAGCAAAACAUGUAUUGCGCGAGACAGCUGUAUUUUUUAAAGAGGCUGAAUCUCGUCAAGAUGAUAUACGCAACUCUUUUGACGAACCCACAGCACCUCUACUGGAAUCAGAGGCACAACAAGAUACUAUUGAACAGGGAGAGCCAUUAUCUUUUCACCAUCUUAAUCUUGGGUUUGUUGCGGGCGUUAUUCCACGGACAAAAAUGCAAACAUUUGAACGUAUCCUUUGGCGUGCAUUACGUGGAAACUUAUUUCUCAACUAUGCAGAAAUCGAUGAGUUAAUAACUGACCCAAGUACCGAUGAGAUGCUAGAAAAAAAUGUGUUCAUUAUAUUUGCACACGGAAGAGAACUCUUGAACAAGAUCAGGAAAAUUUCGGAAUCAUUGGGCGCAACUCUCUAUCCUGUGGAUAGUAAUCCCGACAAGAGACGUGAUAGCUUGCUUCUAAUUACAGGGCAAAUAGAAGAUCUUAACUCAGUUCUGCAAAAUACCAAAAAUGCUAGGGUGUCAGAAUUAUCAGGGGUUGCAAAUGAACUGGCCGUAUGGAUAACCAUUGUAAGAAAAGAAAAAGCUAUCUAUCACACCAUGAAUUUGUUCAAUUAUGAUGUGAGCCGAAAAUGCCUAAUUGCAGAGGGUUGGUGUCCUAAAAAUGACAUUGAACAAAUCCAAAAUGCCCUUAGAAAAGUCACUGAAGAGUCGGGUUCAACGGUUCCAUCUAUCUUAAAUGAGCUUCGCACGACAAAGGAACCUCCAACAUUCCACCGCGUCAAUAAAUUUACCAGUGGAUUCCAAGAAAUAGUAGACGCUUAUGGGGUCGCAAAAUAUCGUGAAGUCAACCCUGGCCUAUUUACGAUAAUUACUUUCCCAUUCCUAUUCGCUAUAAUGUUUGGUGACUUGGGUCACGGGUUUCUUGUCACCCUUGCAGCUUUAUACCUCAUUAUUCGUGAAAAAUCCCUAGAUAAACCAGGAAAGAGCGAGUUUCUUGAAAUGUUUUUUGGUGGGCGAUACAUAAUCCUAUUGAUGGGAUUAUUUUCCAUGUAUACUGGGUUACUCUAUAACGACGUAUUUUCUAGAUCGCUUGAAUU